AUGACCGAGACAGCUGCCGAAUGGAAAACAAAGGGUAACACUGCAUUAAGCAAUGGCAACGCACAAGAGGCCGUUGACUGUUACACAAAAGCCAUUGCACUGAAUCCAAGUGAUCAUGUGUUUUAUUCCAACCGAUCAGCUGCUUUUUUAUCGUUAAAUGAUGCGUUACAUGCAUUGGAAGAUGCAGAAUUAUGUAUCAAAACAAAACCUGAUUGGCCAAAAGCUUAUAGUCGUAAAGGUGCAGCUUUACAUGCUCUUAAACGCUACGAUGAGGCUACAGCUGCUUAUAAUGAAGGUUUGCAAUUGGAUGGAUCAAAUGCAGCGUGUCUUAGUGGCAUUGAUGAGGUAAAGAAAGCACAAGUAGCAGCGACAACACAGUCAUUUAAUCCAUUGGCAAAUGCUUUUGGUCCUGAUAUGUUUGGUAAAAUUGCUACAAAUCCACGUCUUGCACCGUUUCUAAGUGAUCCAGCAUUCAUUCGAGUAUUACAAGAGAUUCAACAAGAUCCAUCCAAGAUCAAUGAACAUAUAAGAGAUUCACGGGUGAUGACAGUACUUGGUGAACUCAUGGGAUUAAAUAUUAAUAUGGGUGAUGUUGACGACGAAGAUAUGCCAACAGCAACAACAACAACAACGUCAUCGACACCGAGAUCCGAGUCUACACCCGUACCAGAACCUACUCCAAUGGAGGAAGAUUUGACAGAUGAAGAAAAGGCCGAAAGAGCAGUCAAAAAGGCCGCAGAAGAAGCUAAACAACGAGGCAAUUCGUUUUACAAGCAAAAGCAGUUUUCUGAAGCGAUUGAGUGCUACAAUGGAGCGAUUGAAAAGGAUCCGACUAAUAUGUCGUAUUACAGCAAUUUGGCUGCUGUGAAGCUAGAGAUGGGUCAGUAUGAUGCGUGCAUUGAGGACUGCAAGAAGGCGAUAGAAGUAGGCCGUGCGAAUCGUGCUGACUAUGAGCUGAUUGCCAAAGCAUAUGUGCGUGUUGGCAACGCUCACCUGAAGAAGGGUGAGACAGAGGAAAACCUGACGGCAGCUAUUGACUCGUACGAAGGAGCUCAGAUGGAGAAUCGAACCAAGGAUGUGGAGCGUAAGAUUAAGACGCUCCAGGUGAAGCUGCGCAAGGUUAAGGAGCUUGCAUACAUUGAUCCGGAAAAGGCGCUGGAGGCUAAGAAUGAGGGCAACGAAUUCUUUAAGAAUGGCGAUUUUCCUAAGGCCGUGGAGCGCUACACCGAGGCUAUCAAGCGGGACCCGUCGUGUGCUGUGUACUACGCUAACCGCGCGGCAGCAUAUACGAAACUAACGUCAUUUAACGAGGCAAAGAAGGAUUGUGAAAAAGCGAUCGAGCUUGAUCCCAAAUAUGUAAAGGCAUACUCUCGUAUGGGUGCGAUACAGUGUUUCAUGAAAGAAUUUCACAAGGCUCGUGAGAGUUACGAGAAAGGCUUGGCGCUUGACCCGAACCAUCAGGAGUGUAUUGACGGUUUGCGAAACGUCAUGUACAAGAUCCAGGCCGGCGAGACGGAUGAGGAGCGUGCGCGUCAUGGAAUGGCAGACCCGGAAAUUCAGGCAAUUUUGCGCGAUCCGGUGAUGCAGAACGUGCUGAAUGAUUUUCAAACGGAUCCGACGAGUGCUCAACGUCAUUUGCAGAACCCGGGCAUUAUGGCCAAGAUUGAGAAGUUGAUUGCCGCUGGUGUGCUACAGACCAAGUAA